GCCCAAACAGGUUGUGUACUGUACUUCUCCGACCCGACAAGGAAAAAAAAGAACGCCGCGGAAGUGAAAGAGCUCGAUUCAGAAGCUAGGGUUUGGGGAGAGCAGCGGAAGGGGGUACCAGCCGGCGGCGAUGGCGUCGGAGGAGGAUGUGGCGGUGAAGGAGCCGCUGGAUCUCAUACGGCUCAGCCUCGACGAGCGCAUCUACGUCAAGCUCCGCUCCGACCGCGAGCUCCGCGGCAAGCUCCAUGCUUAUGAUCAACAUCUCAAUAUGAUACUUGGAGAUGUAGAAGAGAUAGUGACUUCCAUUGAAAUUGAUGAUGAGACUUACGAGGAGAUUGUUCGUACCAGCAAGCGCACCAUCCCCUACCUUUUUGUCCGAGGAGAUGGCGUGAUACUGGUUUCGCCGCCCUUGCGGACCGUCUGAUGGCGUGAUACUGGUCUCGCCGCCCUUGGGGACCGUCUGAAGUCAGGGCAGAACAACUACCAUUCAAUGGGCAUUGGCAGCAGCGCUAUCCGGAUGACACGCAUCAGCUUAUACAUGUUAUCUGGAGCAUUACCGGCUCGUGAGACACUGCAUAACUUGAGUUAAUCAAUCAUCCAUGUAUCCUGAUACAAAGAGAAAACACUGUACUCACAUCUGUUAUGUAGAUGGAUCUGAUUCAGGCACCUGUUCAUCCAUUAGACCAUAGUCGAGGGAAGCUUGAGUUAA